AUGACUCGAGCCCAUUUGCUGCUAUCGUUGCUGGUACUGCUGCUUGAUCUGCUGACAGUAAGCGAGGCCGCCACUUACCAUCUCGUAGGCCAGUGGAUGCCUGCUACCAAGAACACGGCUACAGAGAACCUGUUGGCCGAGGCGCUACAGAAGAAGAAUCCGUCGCUGAAGUCGCAGAUGUGCUUCACAGAGGUCGCGGCCAUUGAACAGCAGAUCGUCAAUGGGAUCCACUUCCGUUAUCACGUGCGUGGAUGCGAGACGGCCACGCCCGGCCGCUGUAAUAGCGGCACAUGCGCAACCGAGAAAAAGUUCGACGUCGAGCUGUUCGUGCAGCCGUGGGCCGACAUCGUACAGGUCAUGUCUGCAGUCGACGUGCAGUAGACCAUACUUACCCACUGAGAAGCAGCGAGAAUACAAGGAGAGACGAAAAGGGAGGCAGCUUAUAGACAACAGCUUUACGACGCUGUGAACACAAAUCCUGAGAAAACUCUGCGAAAAUGCGGCAGCGUGUUCGCUGACAGCUU